AUGGGUAUGGAACGCCAACAGCAACAACACAGACGUACAAACGCCAGCAGUCAGAGCACCGAGCAAGGGCAAGGACAGCAGCGUCAACAAUCGCCUGCACCCGCCAGUUGCGAAGCUGUUACGCUUCGAGUGGCAAAUCCUAUAGACAACUCGACGACGCGUCAACGUCGCACGCGCGAAGACAACGUGAGUGGGCGGAAUCAGUUUGCUAAUCGUGUGUUGUGCCGAACGCCGCCGCCGGUCUACGAUUCACUGCCAGCUACACCACCGCCCUCGUACACGCCGCACAGCGCGGGUGUGGCUGCGGGUGUUGUUGGCGUGCCCACAGCUGAAGGCCGAGCCGUAGUCGGCGUUGAUGUACCCCAUAGAGCGGAAGUCUGGCAGCAAUGUCAAGCUUUCAGCGCCCCUCAUUGUGGCAAUAAUGUCGCAGAUUAUGUCGAAGUUUUACUGCCGGCCGGUGGUGUUGGAUAUCAGCAGCCGCUGGGGCAGCAACGAGCGCAGCAGCAAUUAGUGCAACUUGUCGAGAAUGUGGCACCAACAGUUGGCCAGCAGCAAGAGCAACAGUCAGAGCCAGGGUUUGAAGCACAAGUACAAGUUGGAGAACAACAGCAGCAGCAACUACAGCUACAACAACAACAACAGCAAAACUUGCGGCGCCGUAGACGUCUGCAUUUGCUGCAGCAACAGCGUUUAUCGAAUAUCAACGCGACGAGUACGGACAGCACGAGCAGCGGCAGCAACUGCAGCCUCAGUAAUAGAAACAAUAACAACAACAGCAACAAUUAUCAUUUCUACAGCGCCAAUCCGAUUGUUGGUGUCAGUGGCCCUGACGUCGGCGGCGGCGGUAGCAGCAGUGAUAGCGAAACCUACGCUCGCUUGCCAAUCGGAAGCGAACGACGACGUCAGCGUCGCCAACAGCGCAUUGGUCGUGGCUUAAGGGAUGCCUAUUGUCCCGACUUGCUUCACGCUUGUUCCUUAAUCCUACAUCAGCAGAACGAACCCACACUUGAACCCAACGAGACCAGCAACGACAGUUCCGUAAGCAAUUUCACAGCUACGCCACCACGUCGCACACACAGUCGUUGCUCUACAGAAUAUGUGGAAAUAGAUGAACUCCGUCCGGUGGCACGCGAUCGAGAGGGCGAACGAUUUAGAGAUCUACAACCCAACAAUUGGCAACCGCAGGUGGAACGUGCUAUUAGCACACCCGAACUCCGACCAUGCGCCUAUAAUGAGGGAGUUGUAGGCGUGUCUUUAAACCUGGAGGACACUGCAGGCAGGGAAAACGUCGAGUACCAAAGAUUAGCAACGAACUCAACGCAACGGGACAUGGGUCAGAACUUAAGCUUACGCCGGCCGCGUAUCUCACUGACUUGGGUAUUAAGAGAACAGCAACAACAACAGCAGCAACAGCAACAGGAGACACAAAACGAAAUACAAACGCCUCUGAAUGGCGAUGACGAGCCGACUACAACAAACUGCAAGCAGCUCGGCAAUGGCUCUGUAGAGACGCCAAAUAAUAAUAACGGUUGUGUAAACGGUUUGCUAACGACAAAACAACGCACCGAAGUGGUGCCAACACAGUUGACCACCACCUGCACGACGAAUACAGCUACUACCACAACAACAACGACAACGAAACGUUAUCGCCUCAAACAGCUGCCUGGCAGCACGGAUCCACUCAAUGGGUACGCGACCACACCCACCGCACAUAUGCCAGCCAAUGCAUUGGCACCACAGAAAUUCUUCAGCAAUCAAAAUUUAUUGGAAUAUCGAGAUAAAACUCGCGCCCCAUCACGCGAACUGCUCUUCGUCUGUACGCCACAGCGUUUGCCGAAAAGUUACGACAACAGUGAAGCGCUUUCGUUGGCCAAAAAGCGCAAUGAGAUACGUAAGCGGCUCGCAGCGAAGAUGGCAACACUGCAGGCGAAUGGCAGAGCCAAUGCGGACGGUGCUGAGGCCAAUCAAUUGGUCAAAAAUGGCUGUGGUGCAACGGUAGCAGUAGGUGGCGUGCUCACGCCCAACGGUAUUGUGCUCGAAAAAGAUGAACUAAAGUCGCUAAAGGGUACAUACUCCGAACCGAGCUUGAUCGCCGCCUCGGAAGGGCAACACCGUCGUCAUCGGCAUCGCAAACGGCGUGAACGUAAUCGUGGACCAAAGUUCGGCUAUGAGAUAAGCAAUGUGGAUGAGUUUCUGUCGAAGUGUUCGCUGGCAGCGCCCGGCAACAUACCAGUGGUGCUCUCUGCCGCAAGCACGUUGUACCAAACGCGUCCGGGUCAGCAUCAAAUUGAAAUUCCACUACCGCUUGGCAUGGUCGUAAAUGCGGUAUUCAAAAAUCAAAACUGGUUAUAUGUACAAACGCCACAUGCCGAGGAGGGCUAUGUCGUCUACUCGUGUUGUCUGCCGCUCGGCAUACUGCCACCGAAUGUGCGCAGCGGCGCCGCGGUUAACAACAAACCAGCACCUUGCUGGGAGUCCAACGGUGAUAUAUUUCCACGUCCCGGCGGCAAUAUGACCGACUCCGAGAAGGAGAUACGUCUGCGUGGUGGCACACGUUCCGAUGGUGCACGUACGCCACGCGGCAAGCGCGGCGAUGCCGUCGGCACCGAUGUGGAUACGGCGAAUGGCAAUGCCACGCCCAUUAUUUCCACAACCGCCUCCACGUGCGGCGAACAUCAGGUGGAUCGGCUCUAUUUGCGUGCGGCCUCACAGCCGCGUCUAGUCGAGAAAGCGUACGCGCAACUCAAGUCCACGAAGCAGGCGUUGGCGCUGCGUAAUGCCGGCAAUGAUGAAUACGUCACGCUUCAGCAACAACAACAACAUCAACAGCAGCAGCACAAGUCAAAGUUGCACGUGCAGAAACACAUGCAACAACAACAGCAACAGCUGCAGCAGCUGCAACACAAGCCGCUCAUCAACGGCUCGUAUAUAACGAACGGCCACAACGGCCAGCAUCUUCAUCCAAAGAAUACCAACAAUGCGGCGGCGUUGAGUGUGGCCUCAAAUGCCACGCCCAGCGUCACCAGCAUGUCACACAGCGCCAGCUUUGCGGCCAACUCAACCGCAAAUGGCAGCGUGAAGCACACCAAGUUACAACAACACGCCAGCGUGCUGCACAUUGCGAGUCGCAAGCAGCAUGGCUUGCGUCAGACGCUCGUCGCCAUCAACACCGACUACUCCACCGAGAGCAUUGUGCUGCACAAGGGCGAAAUUGUGACGCUCUGUGAGUGUCGUGAGUCCAAAGAUCAUCGCCAGUGGUUCUAUGUGCGCACGCGCGACGGACGCGAGGGUUACAUACCCGCCGAGGUGGCCGGUCAUGGCUACCUGUAGAUCCGCUAAGGGUCUUCAACAACAACCCCUACUAAUCAGUAACAAAAAAAAACGAAACUUAAAUGAUUUUUCUAGUUAUAAGUUGCACACACACACACAUUCCAGUCGCUUAGUUUGUAGCAGCUAAACAAACAUAUUACUUAAAUAUAAUAUUAAAAAUAAUCUAACAAUUUAUAAUAAUGAUUAUGAAACGAAAUAUUUAUCUGGUGCCCGAAAUGGGAGUGGUAUGUAUAUGAAAUACAUUUAAUUAUGCUUAAAAAGUGUUAAACUCUUAUGUAAUUUAAGUAUAGAAACGUUGUUUGUAUGUAUGUGUAUGAACUUAAGAUUAAUUGCAAUGAAAACUGUUUACAAAAAUUAAAUAAAUUAUCACUCCAUCAUCAUAACAAUUCAAAAUCAGUA